GUGCACACCGCACUCGCCGAUGCGACCGUCGGCCCCGCAGGAGGUUCAGUGUGGAUCGGACGGUGGAAGGAGGAAGACGUUAGCGACUCCUUGCUGUGAGAACAAUGGAUAACAUGUCAUUCGGGACCGACGGUACAGACCCCCUCGGGGCGGGGAUCCCCUCGGCCGACGGCAAGCGGAAGGCGCCGCCCGACCCCAACAAGGUGGUCGCGGUGCUGGGCACUGGCGACUACGGGCGGGCCAUCUCCCGCCGCCUCGUCAACUCGGGCUUCUCCGUCCUCAUGGGCUCCAGGGACCCCGACAGGAGCCAAGUCAAGAACCUCGUGAAGCAAACGGGCGCCACGCUAAGCAGCCAGGAGGAGGCGCUGAGGGCGGCGAAGGUGGUGGUGGUGGCCGUCGGGAGGGACCACUACGACUACCUGCCCAUCUCGCUCCUGAGGAACAAGGUCCUCGUCGACGUCUCCAACAACACAGAGCGGCGCAGAGGACCUCAUUACCGCAGCAACGCAGAGUACCUGCAGGGCCUGAUUCCGGAGGCCAAGGUGGUCAAGGGCUUCAACGUGCUGUCGGCCUACGCGCUCGAGAACGGUGGCCUCCAGGGCAGUAAAGAGGUGUUCAUCGCGGGCGACAAUGCGGAGGCGAAGGCGGCGGUGGCGGAGGUGGCCCGCGUGAUGGGCUUCCACCCGGUCGACUGGGGCAGCCUGCAGGCCUCCAGGGACAUCGAGGACGUGCCCCUCAAGUUCAUGCCGUCGUGGAAGCGCCCCGUGGCUGUCGUUUUCGGCCUCUUCGUGUUCCUGUGGCUCCUCGCCUUCCUGUCGUUCCAGAUCUGCUACAACCUGUAUCUUGGCGGAUGGGAAUGGGGCUGGAAGCAUCUUGGAAUGCAGAACUUCAACCGAGUAAUUGCUAUCCUUGCUCUGUGGACGCUCUCCUUCUGCUACAUUCCUGGCCUGAUAGCCGCCUACAUCCAGCUGUGGCGCGGGACGAAGUACAGCCGCUUCCCCAAGUGGCUCGACGACUGGCUCAAGAUGAGGAAGCAGCUCGGACUGAUCAUGCUCGCGCUGGCUGGCAUUCAUGCUUGCAUGUCCGUGGCCUACAUCACCCCGAAGACGACCGAGUGGGUGUACGAGGAGCCGACGAAGAUCAAGGCGCUGGUGGAGAUCGACAAAAACACGACGGAGACGAAGACGCUCAAGCUGUAUGACUCGGAGUUCAACUGGCGAGGGGAGCUGUUCCUCACCAUGGGAGCCAUCUCGACGUGCCUGUUGGUGGUGCUGGGCAUCUCGUCGCUGCCGUCCGUGACCGCCACGCUCUCCUGGCGCGAGUUCACCUUCAUCCAGAGCAAGCUGGGCUGGGUGGCGCUCGUCGCCGCCUGCGCCCACGACAUCUUCCUCGCCUGGAACUACAUGUUCCUCUACUGGGGAUGCUUCAACACCCUGCCCAUCGGGCCACAGUAUGCAUUAUACCCAGCAUUCAUCGCAAUCAUCAUGAAGAUCCCGCUGCUGCUGCCACCUGUUGACAACUACUUACAGAAAAUCCGCAAGGGUUACGAGCGCAACAGUAAUUAUGAAUCGGGCAAAGUUGAAGUUGCAUAAGCGUGGCGGCAUUUCGGGUGCGCUUGUGCUGUAUAGCGUGAAUCUCUCUAUCGUGUGAUGUGUAUCCUUUCCCGUGGAUAUUGUAGAGAGACUAUUGUUUUUUCGUACAUAAACUUUUAUGUAGGUUUCAUCACGUGUUAUACUUUCCAUGUGCUAUGAGACUGCGAGUGUGAAAUGAAUGGAAACUGGUAACUCAGUUGUGAUAGGAUAUAAUCUACUACACGUUGUUUUCUUACAUUACUGGUGUACGCUGAUAUUUUCACUUAAUUAUCUAGUAGAAAAUGCACUGAAGUGUGUUGUAUGGGAAGACGCUUCAGCGAAAUUGAAGUGUAGAAAUUAAAAUAAAAGUAUUUUUGGUACUUUCUACCGUGCUAUAUUUGACAAAACAAUACGAAAAAAUAUAACAAUACCCUUGUCUCUAAAUGAUCGGAAUAUUAGUUCUGAUUAUUGUGCAGUGGUUAA